CAGCUCGUGACGUCCUCAACAUGGAGGAUGUGGAAAAGCAGAUCUUGUUACUGAAGAAAUACCUUGAGAAAGGGCCUGCGGAAGAGAAGAUUUUCAAAGUGUUCAGGAAGUUGGAAAAGUUGCCUGUUACUCUUGACGUGCUACAGUCCACGGGGAUCGGGAAAACUGUGAACCACCUGCGAAAACAUGAGGCAGUGGGAGAACAGGCCAGGGCCCUUGUCACCAAGUGGAAGGGUUUUUUAAAAGCAACACCUGAAGAGAAAGUUGACAGAUCUCCUCAGAAAGAUGGUGGUGACAUUUCCAAGGUCAAGGUCAAGAAGAGUGACAAUGAGAGUCAUGACCAUAGGAAACAUAAAAGCAAGAGUGGAAAAGGUCACAGAAAAGAGAAGGCAAGCAACUCUAGCAUUUGUCAUGAAGAGGAAAGAAAACACACCUCUGCCUCUAAACUACCCAGGGAGUGCAACUCAGAGAAACCAGAAAAUGACAUGGAAAAGACCAGCUCAGGCGACUCCAUGCAAUAUGCAAAUGGAGAGAAAGACCAAAGGAAAGUGUCCAGUUUUGCAGGUGACAUGCCUGCGAUAGCAGAUCAGAGAGAGAAGUCUCCUUGUCAUUAUGAUUUACAUACAGACAGUAAGGAUUUGCAAUAUAAAAAAGACAUAAACUCUAAAGGUACCUUGGGGAAAAUGGAGCCCCAGAAUAAUAUGGUGAAUGAGGAUCUCGAAGAUAAUCCAGGGAUGAGUUUCGAAGACUUCUUGAACUAUGAUGCUGGUGCUGUCAAACGAAAAGUAUCCAAAAAGUCAAAACCAUUGGAAAAUGCAGAAGAGAGGAAAAAUGCAUCUUAUCUCACAAAACCCAAAACUGAUUUGACAAAUGAUGCCAAAGAUACUGUUAAGGGUUCUGAUGUUGCCAAGAACAGUUCUCAUUUGCACAGAGAACAUUCUAGUGACUCUGGACACAAGCAUUCGAAAAGUAAAGAAAAACGAGAUCAUAAACAUAAGAGUGGUCAUUCCAGUGGUCACCAUCAUGAUGGUCAUUCUACAGCCAAGCAUUAUCAUAAAGAUGGCAAACACAAAGAUAAGUCAAGGUCGGUAUCAGAGGGGUCAAAGUCCAGCAGUCAUCACAAGGAAAGGUCAGGGUCAAGGUCAGAGAAAGAUGGGUCGAGGUCAGCUAAACAUGGAGAAAAAAGAAAAGCAGAUGUGAAGAUGAUUGAUGUUCCAACUCCAUCCAAACAGAUAAAGCUGUCUCCCGGUGACAUCUUAGCAACACUACCAGAGAUCCAACCUCACUAUAAACCACUGCCACACAUGGAGCUGGAGGACGAGAACAGGAAGAAGAAAGGGGAAUUUGUGGAUGAAUCUCUAAUUGGCACCAAGAGCCAUUCUCGUACUCAGGUUUACUCAGGCAGAAAGCAGGUUUAUCUCACAGAAGUACCAACUUUGUACAAUGCCUGCAUGAAAGUACUGAUAGAAAACAUAGACGCUCUAGACUAUGUGGGUGGCGUGCCCUAUGACAUCAUGAAGCCCGUCUUGGAGCGGUGUUCUCCAACUCAGCUGUAUACUCUGGAAGACUACAAUCCUCAAUUUGUGGGAGAGACAGAUGAGUUGUGGCACCUGCAUAGCAUCCGAGACUUCAAGACUGCCAAGCCAGAGGAAAUGGAGACAUGGAGGGAGCUUUACCUGCGCCUUCAUGACGAGAGGGAGGAGAAACUGAAAAAAAUCACUGCAAACAUCUCUAAGUCCAUGCAAAAGGCUACACCAGUUCGUCAGGUCAAGCUGGCCUAUGUUGAUGUGGCCGCCAAACCCCCCAGGGAGGUCAGGAGGAGGCAGAUGAAGUUUGGCACAGCGGGGCCCUCAAAGGGCCAGAAUCACCUGGCCAAGUUGACCAGUCAGGGAGGAGUGCCAGAGAAACAUGUAGUACCCACCCGUCACGUGGACACCUCCCCUGUACCCUUAGGGAGGCAACAGAAAGUGGUUCGUCAUGUUGCCCCAAUGAUGCAGAAAACACUCCGGUUUAUGAAGAAGCUCUCCAAAAGGUAGCACUGCAGAACCUUAAGCCCUCUGCUGGUCUACGAAUAUGUAGUGUUGCCAAGUUGACAUGAGGUGAAAUGAUAAGGAACUUUUCUCCAGGCUUUGCAUUUGGUGCACAAGACACAAGUUUUGGGGGACGAAAUUCAGACUGUGAGAUAGAAGAGAGUUAUCCAAGGUUCUUAUGUGAAAAAAAAAAAAAAAAAAAAAAAAAAACGGAAAGAAAAAGUGUGUUCUUGAUACAUUAGUGUUGUUCUAAACAUCAAGAUUUCAAACACUGUGAACAUCUAUGAAAGGUCUUAUCUUGAACAACCUCAGUGAUACAUAUCUUUGGAUCAGGUGGUGCAAUUAUCUGCUUUGCGUUUACCAAUAGAAAACAAUACGUACGUAUUGAAGUUUAGGGAAAUGUUGGGUACCUUUUCAUGAAGGACGAAACAUGGUUUCUUUUAGCAGCAAGGUAUCUGUUUCAGAUUCAUUCUUGAAUUUCUUGAAACCACGAAAGUUAAUUUAGAAGGAGACAAAUUAAAGCCAGUUAGCAACAAUAUGUACUGGUAUUUGUUGUACCAGUGAUACGAUAAAAACUGGUUUUGAAUGUCCAUUGCACAUGGUUAAGAAAGCAGAGGUGUCCUGUGUUCCCACAAUACAUCACUUGUUGGUAGAGAUCAAGGAACACUGAAUAGGUAGUAAGUACCAAUAAAAGGAAUUUUGAAAAGUUUUUAUGCUGUGAAAGGUGAAGAAAAAAAAAUUGAAGAUGUUAAAAAUGGCAGCUGAAGUUGUGAAUAUUAGUUAUGUGGUGGUGUAAUUAUAUGUUAGAAUUAUAUGCCAAAAUGUUUUUUUUAAAUUAUUAUUAUUACAUGUAGGUAUUUUGUACACUGUAGUAAAAUGACCGAGAACUAAAUGCGAUGUUUUGAAAACAUGGAUUUGGCGUCCAUGCAACCCAGUUGCCGUUCUCCAUCUAAAAAUGCUUAAUUUAUUCCACAAAUGAAUCCUUAAAGGAUGGAAUACAUUAUCUCAAUUACAUUUUAAUUCAUUCUGAUGUACCGGAUAUUUGGGUCAUGCUGUAAAGUAUGAUACAGGUACAAUAUUAUUUAUUGAACACAAAAUCCAAAUUUUUUUAAAGGCAUAUUAUGUGAAAAAUGAAUAAGACGAUUCGGCAUGUAUUUUACCCGAGAAAUCCCUUUUGCUUACUCCAAUCUAACGUAGACAUAUAUUUCCAACAUAGGAGGUGCGAUGUUCCUCAGUUAGAGAGAUGUAUUUUAUCUCCUCGGGGCAAUUUUAAACUUAGUACAGUCAUUAUUGGUGGGUCAUUAAUUGGUAAAAUGAGUAUUAUAUAUUACAAUACAGUUGAUAUAGACACUUGUCAAAGCGCAUGGUUUGGAUUGUUUUAAAGUGCAAUUAGGAGUAUUUGUGACUGAAGUGCUUGUUAGGCCAUUCGCUGACGUGAGGCGUUUCAGCUUCGGUUGGUUGGCUUAUGAACAAGUUAUCUUAAAAAUUCUUCACAAAUGCAGAAGUUGCCAUUAUUCAGGAGGAAAAGAAGUGAUAAAAAUUUCAACCAAAAAUCCCCCCCCCCAACCCGCUUACCUAAUAUUUUAAACGAUUUUUAUUGCCCUUGGAAGGAUACUGUAGUCUUGGAAUGUCUAGUUCAACAUAGGUUUAAUAUAGAUACAAAACACUAAUUUUACCUAUAUUUUCUACAUUGCCGGUGCGGAGGGUUCCGCUUUUGACCGCUGUCACAUAUCUGUGAACUGGGAUUCUCUUUCAGUAAGACCAAUUGUAUUAUGAUAAAUACAAUUGGCAAAAUGCUAAUUACUGUGCAAUAACGCUAUACCACAACGUUGAACCUAUAGUAUUUAUCAUUGUUAUUAUUAUUAUUAUUAUUAUUGGAAGGCCUUUCAACUCGAAUAAAGCUGUUUUAAAUCACUGUUUUGAAA